GAAAAUUGAUAAAAAGGACGAAAGAGAAUCAAAGAGACGACGAAGUCAAGGAUCAAAGCCUUAACUUUUCCUCUAAAACAAUCGCUUUUUUAUUUUUCUAAAUUUCUCUCUGUUCUUUUUUCCUCUGGUUUUGAUUUUUUCCUGGCAUUAUUAUUAGGGUUUUUUUCAUACGUUGUUGAAAAUGGCGUAGUUGGAGAAAGGAGACGAAUCGAUCAUCUACCUACUUGCCCAUUCUUUGUCGUCGUUUUUCGAUUUUCCUUGAUUCGCCGGAGAAAUAGCGUUUCCGGCAAUGAAAACCUCUCUCCGACGGUUACGAGGUGUGCUUCACAAGCAUGAAUCUAAAGACCGGAGAGAUCUUCGAGCUCUGGUUCAGAAAGAUGAGCUUGCCCAAGCUUCUCAGGACGUAGAAGACAUGAGAGAUUGCUAUGAUAGCUUGCUCAAUGCCGCUGCUGCUACUGCCAAUAGUGCUUAUGAAUUUUCUGAAUCUUUGCGAGAACUAGGUGCUUGUCUUCUUGAGAAAACUGCGCUAAAUGAUGAUGAAGAAAGUGGUAGAGUGUUGAUUAUGCUGGGAAAGUUGCAGUUUGAAUUGCAAAAACUUGUUGAUAAAUAUCGUUCUCAUAUUUUUCAAACAAUCACAAUCCCCUCAGAGUCACUUCUAAAUGAACUCCGCAUAGUUGAGGAGAUGCAGCGGCUUUGUGAUGAGAAAAGGAAUGUUUAUGAAGGCAUGCUUACAAGACAAAGAGAGAAAGGGAGAUCAAAGGGUGGGAAAGGAGAAACUUUUUCGCCACAGCAACUACAAGAAGCUCAUGAUGAUUAUGAAAACGAGACGACUUUAUUUGUUUUCCGUUUAAAAUCCCUGAAACAAGGGCAAACACGUAGUCUUUUGACUCAGGCAGCAAGGCACCAUGCAGCACAGUUAUGCUUCUUCAAGAAGGCUCUUAGUUCCCUUGAAGAAGUGGACCCACAUGUACAGAUGGUAACCGAGUCACAGCAUAUUGAUUACCAUUUCAGCGGAUUAGAAGAUGAUGACGGGGAUGAUGAAAUUGAAAACAAUGAGAACGAUGGUUCUGAGGUGCAUGAUGAUGGAGAGUUGAGUUUUGAAUAUAGAGUUAAUGACAAGGACCAAGAUGCGGAUUCUUCAGCUGGUGGCUCCUCAGAGUUGGGUAACUCAGACAUCACAUUUCCACAAAUUGGAGGACCAUAUACUGCACAGGAAAAUGAGGAAGGAAAUUACAGAAAAUCUCAUUCGUUUAGGAGAGAUGUAAGGGCAGUGAGCCAAUCAGCACCACUUUUUCCCGAGAACCGCACAACUCCUCCUUCAGAAAAGCUGUUACGGAUGCGAUCAACUCUGACACGGAAAUUCAACACUUAUGCAUUGCCAACUCCUGUGGAAACAACGAGAAGUCCCUCAUCUACUACAAGUCCAGGUCACAAAAACGUGGGGUCAUCUAAUCCUACAAAGGCAAUUACAAAGCAGAUUUGGUAUUCAUCCCCACUUGAAACUCGCGGACCUGCAAAGGUUUCCUCAAGAUCAAUGGUAGCCUUGAAAGAACAAGUCCUGAGAGAGAGUAACAAGAAUACAUCUCGGUUGCCUCCGCCUUUAGCAGAUGGACUCUUGUUCUCUCGUCUCGGUACACUCAAGAGACGAUCCUUCUCUGGUCCACUGACAAGUAAACCGUUACCGAACAAGCCUCUCUCUACAACAUCUCACUUAUACUCUGGUCCGAUCCCAAGGAAUCCAGUUUCUAAAUUGCCAAAAGUGUCAUCAUCUCCAACUGCUUCCCCUACAUUUGUCUCAACCCCAAAAAUAAGUGAGCUCCAUGAGCUUCCUAGACCACCACCAAGAAGCUCUACUAAGUCCUCUAGGGAAUUGGGAUAUUCAGCUCCCUUGGUUUCGAGGAGCCAAUUGCUUAGUAAACCUCUUAUUACAAAUUCAGCUUCUCCUCUUCCUAUACCACCUGCAAUCACUCGUAGCUUCUCUAUACCUACUAGCAACCUUAGAGCAUCAGAUUUAGAUAUGUCUAAGACAAGUCUGGGCACUAAAAAGUUAGGCACUCCCUCGCCUCCUUUAACCCCAAUGUCAUUGAUCCAUCCACCGCCACAGGCUCUUCCCGAACGUGCAGACCACCUAAUGAUGUCCAAACAAGAGAGGAGGAUUUAAGAUGUAAGGUGUAAGACGUUUGUAGCUGCCUAAAAACUGUAGGAGGAAGGCAUUCCCUAUAGUUGCAGAUAUAUGUAAAUAUCCUCCAAUUUUUAGUCUCAUGGAUGAUCUUAGUUGUAUAUUACAUAUAGUAGUUGAUCCCUUUUGAGAAUGAUGACAAAAAUAGAGGCAAACAGAGUUAAUAAUAAUUGCCUGAGGAAUUUUGGUUUUUCUACUAUCACUCAACGAAGCUUUUUUUUUUUUUUUUGUCCAGUGAUGUGACAUGUUUUACGUCCGAGAUUUACGGGUUUAACUUCUGUGGAGUCUGUCUUCUUUUGAUUGGGUUAAGAAACUUUGCUUCUAGAAGGUUAAACGUAAAAAUUACAAAAAUCUGGCCACACAUUAUGCAGCUGAAGAUCGAUCAUUUACAUUUACAAGGUAGUUGAAAGUAGAAAAAACA